UUGGAAUAGAGGGGGAAAGAAAGAAGGGAGAGUGGAGGGAGGGGCCGCCGUGGUGAAUAGUAAACAUUGUCUUGUCCACCAGGGGCCACCAUGUGAAUAAAAUCAUCUUGACGACCACCAUAACCCUCUCUGCCUAUCUCGUUUUUUUUUUUGUUUUUUUUUCUCUUGCUCUUGCUUAUGUUUCUCUCUCUCUCUCUCAGGAAGUAAGAAGAGUCCUAUUCAUUCAUUCAUUCAUCUCUUUUCACGUCCCAUCAACUAAACAAACACACUCUCUCUCUCUCUCUCUCUCGCGUCUUUCUUCUUCCUGAAAACCCUCUCCUUCUCACCAAUAAAGAAACUCAUAACACGAUCUCUUUCCCCUGAAAAGAUCUUCACAAACUCAUACAAAAACCAGAGCUCAGCGGCGCCAUCUUUCUUUUCUAUCACAAGAAACGUAACAGCUACUUGUGCUGAUAUCACUACUGCACUCUUAUUGGUCCGAAAAGCUUUCAAGGUUACUUGGUCAAGAAAUUGGCAAAAAUUAAUCCACCCCAAUCAUCACUCUCAUGGACUCAACAUCUGGAGUAGCUUCUGCACCCGACCCGAAUAGUGGAGAACCGGGUCCAUCAGCGGGAUCAUCUUCAGCAUCAGCAUCACUGCCACAACAACAGCAACUAGAGGGAUCAUCGCCGCCAGCACCACCAAGUAGAUACGAGUCGCAGAAGAGGAGAGACUGGAACACUUUCUUACAGUACUUAAAGAACCACAAGCCACCAUUAACUCUAGCUCGUUGCAGUGGUGCACAUGUGAUCGAGUUCUUGAAAUACUUGGAUCAAUUUGGUAAGACCAAAGUCCACAUAACGGGCUGUCCAUAUUUUGGGCACCCGAACCCGCCAGCACCUUGCUCUUGUCCACUUAAGCAGGCCUGGGGUAGUCUUGAUGCGCUAAUCGGACGGCUUAGAGCUGCUUAUGAAGAAAACGGUGGACGGCCAGAAUCGAACCCUUUUGGGGCUAGAGCUGUCAGGAUUUACUUGAGGGAAGUUCGAGAAGGUCAAGCUAAAGCUAGAGGGAUUCCCUACGAGAAGAAGAAGCGAAAAAGGUCUAAUGUUGCUGUUGCUGCGGUGAAUGUGUCGGUGGAGGCAGCUGGUGGUGGCUCUACUAGUGGUGGCGGAGGGGGGAGUGGUGAUGCUGAUAGUAGUGCUGCUGCUGCUGCUGCUGCUACAACAACCGUAUAGUGUUUAAAUUUUUGUUAAUUUUAAUCUCCUGUCUUAAUUGUGAUUAUUAAGAGAUAUAUGUGAUCUCUGUCGAUUCACUUUAUAAUCGGAUCGAACCAUUGAACAAAAUUUAACUAGAAAUCUAGUUUAAAAAAAAUCA